AUGACAAUUUGGUAAGCCUUUAGAAAACAGUUUCAAAACCUAAAAAUGAGAGACUAGAUUUUUUUGGUUAAGAUAUCUGCUUUUUUAAUCAGUUUUAUAUUGAUUGGAUCAUUUUAUAUAGUUUAGAAAAAUGUAAUCAUUGGAAUAUAUGAAAACUCUUCUACUAUAGUUUUGUAACGUUAAGAUAGAGAUGCGCUUAACCUCUUUCUUCCAUAACUAAAUUAUUAUCUCAUUUCCAAAUAGCAUCAAAGUAUUAAUUUAUUAUAUUUUUUAGGAGUAUAGCUUUUAAAAAGUUUAGGUUCUCUUUAUUAAUAAUUGGAUAAUUUUCAGGUAUCUGAAUAAUAUAAAGAUGCACUUAAAUGUUAAACUUUAGAAGAGAAAAAUUUUUUAUUUUUACUUCCAGAACCUUGUUCAAAUUGUUAUCUAUGUAAAGAAGGUAAUAAAUUACCUUCAAUGCAAAAAUAUCAAGAUUUAUAAAAAUUCUCCAGAUUACUAUCUGAAUAUAUUCUUUUAUUUGAUACAACAUAAAAUAACAGAAUUUUCUAUGUGGCAACUGGAGAUAUAGAAGUUGCAUUUAUUUUUCCUUAAGUUAUUUACGAUUGGUCUUUCUCACCAUAAUAAAAAAAUUGGUUUGUAAAUCAUUUGGAUAAAUAUUAAUACGAAAAAGAUUAAAAAUAUUUUUACUCAUAACUUUACUUUUCUGGCACUCAAUUUAUUUAUAAAUAAACAAUUUCUUAUUCUUUAGAAAAUCAAUAUACUAAAAGCUUAGAUGCAAUAGCAGGUACUGAUAUAGAUGCAGAGGACCCAGAUAUGAAAUUAAUUUAAGCAAACACUUAUUUAUUAAAUGAAUAAGGUCAAAUAAUAUAUAGAAAUGUCAAUUUAAAUCUACCUGUUACAGAAUUGAAUUUUAUAUAUGAAGAAAGUAAAACUGGAUUCAAUAAAACAGAUUGGAUUGAAAUUUUAAAUUUUGCUAAUUAAAAUCCAAGCAUUUCUAAUUGUUAAUUGAAUGAAAAAUAAAUCUUAUGUAGAUACAAUUCGAUUUAUAAAAAACCUAUUAAGAUAGUAGCUAAUCAAAUUCCUGGCAAUUUCACAUUAAUGAUGUAAAUAUGAAUUUAAUUAUUAGGUUUACUAAUUCGAGCUUUGAACAAUUAUUAUAAAAAAAUUUCUUAGAGCUUGAACAUAUGGUUUAAUAGGUGAAUGAAAGAGCUUUUUAUAUCUAAAUAAUUAUAUCUUGCUCUUUAAUUUCGAUUUCAAUGAUUAUUGUUAUUUUCAUUUUUCGCCCUAUUCUUAGAGUCAUGAUUGCAGCCAAAAUGUACAUUAAAAAAAUGGGUAAUAAUUUGGAUAAGGAAAUAUUUAAGUUAAUGAAUAAAAAGAAGGAUGGCAAUAGUAUUUUCAAUAACUUAGAACUUUAAAUAAUUAAUUUCAGUGAUAUCUUAACUAAAAAUUAAUAAUAAAAAGGAAAUAUUUGCAAAUAAAUAGAAAAAUAUUAAUAUUAAAAAAAAACAAUCUAAUCCAUCCAAGUUGAAUUAUUAUGUGAGUGUACUAAAACCUAAUUAACUAGUUAGAUAUCUAUUUCAACAAAACAUUUACAAUAAAUGAUUUCUCAAUUACUAAAAUAAUUUAAUAAAUAUAAUCAUCUGUCAACAACAGUUGAAAUGUCUAAAUGA